AUGAGCCGAUAUGGCCCUUUGCAACCAGAGUCUCCCGAGCUCAAGUUUUCGGAGCAAGCUGAUGACGACGCGCCAGUUUUGUUUGUGGCAGCAGGUUUGACUGCCGUCAUUCUACAGUACGUUGCGGAUCGAUUGCAACUCAUCCGAGAACUGGCCAAGACUGGAAAGGUCCGUGUGCUGUGGGCCAACAAACGUGGGCUCUCUGUGAGGAGGGGGUGGCUUCGGUUGGAGACCAGAAGACAUUGGUCUCAAAGUAUCAUCUGCCUCAAGAAGCUGUUUGCGUCACCCCGCGGUCGAAGUCUCCCUGACUCAUGGUGGAUCCACCUCCAUGAUGGCAGGUGUGGCAGCUGGUGUGCCCAUUUUGUGCAGCCCCUACACUACUCCUUUGCACAGGUCAACAAUUGCAUCCUUCCUUAG